AUGGACGCCGAAAACAACAGGCUUUUCAGACUCCCCUUUAAGCUACCCAGCUCUGCGGGAGCAAGAACUAUUGGCAUUUAUACGGCAGGAGCGCUUUACGCAUUGGGUGCAUGGCUUUUUCUAGACAGUGCUAUCUAUUCGAAGAAAGCCAAUGCUUCUUUAGUGCAUGUUACUUUCGUGGACUGGAUCCCCAUUAUCUGCAGCACGCUUGGAAUGAUCAUUGUGAGCUCGAUUGAAAAAAAUAGACUAAUACAAGACGCACUUGCAUCGGGAUCUUUCAGUGGCUCCUCGUCGCUUGCAUGGCAGGCUAGAGUGGUUCUUUUCCUUGGGUUUGCCCUUUUGGCCGGUGGACUUUCAGGCUCCAUAGUUGUUCUGGUGAUAAAAUUCUUGGUUAAAGACUUCACAUCAUACCCAACAUUAGGCAUGGGUAUCAAUAACGUUGUCGGAAAUUUUUGCGUGGUCAUCAGCUGUGUGCUUUUGUGGAUAGCGCAAAACGUCGAAGAUGAAUAUUCUUAUUCUUUGACUCUGUAA